AAGUUGUACCCCUACCUCUUAAUCAUUAACAUAAAUUCGGAAACCAAAAACAUCGAAAUUAAACGUUGUAUGCUUGCAAGUUUUUUUACUUUGAAGCGUUUUUGUUUGUCGGAAAACAUUUUCAGAAGCCGAGAUUUGAUUGGUGGGAUUAAUCUUGCUUUGUCCAAGUUGAAGAAGCUUUGGUAGUCACUAGCUACUAAGAUGGCGGCAACAGUUGUAAGAAUCUGCCUGCAGUCAGUGCUGAAAGCAGUGAACUUACUUUUGGGAAUGGUUGGAAUUGCAAUGAUUUUGUAUGGUCUCUGGAUGGUUAGGGUUUGGCUGAGGGACAUUGACGGUUCAACCUUUGAUCAUCAUAAUGUUGUUCUUCCAUGGUUUACGUGCACUUCUCUUGGCGCUGGAUUUACCUUAUGCAUAGUAACAUGCAUAGGUCAUGUUGCUGCAAAGUAUGCACAUGGUUGUUGCCUCUCUUUUUACAUGUUGAUCAUCUUUUUGGUGAUUCUAUUGGAGCUUGCAGUGGCUGCAGAUAUACUUUUAAAUUCAGAAUGGGAGAAGGUAAACAUCUUGGGAACCACACUUACAUUAUUCGAGGAUUUACCAUAUGACCCGACGGGAAAGUUCAAUGAUUUCAAAGAUUUUGUCGAGUCAAACUUGGACAUAUUUCAGUGGAUAGGUUUGUUCAUCGUUUUGGCACAGGGGUUGUCAAUCGUACUAGCCACAGCUCUAAGGUCUGCAGGGCCAAACCGAAGAUCCAGCUACGACGGCGAUGAAGAGUGUCCCCCGGAAAGACUCCCGCUCAUAAACCCUAAUAGUCACCCGCCGGAAUUACAUUAUCACUGCCAAGAACGGUAAUUGGAAUCAAGUGAUGUAGAACAAAUGGUCGGGUGGACCAAAGAGGAGAUGGACCGACGGAAUCUAAAGAAUGCAGCGGGAAUUUGUAUAGUUGGCGUUCGAGCUUCGAUUUGGGCCAAUGAUAUCUUUACAGAAGGACACUAAUGCAACGGUUCAAACUCACAACUUUGUCGUAGCAUAUGAUGGAUUUUGGUCUUGCCGUUUAGACUUUUAAAAAUGCAUUUCAAAUUUCUGCAAUAAAAACAGACAUUUUGUUUGUCGUCCGAUUAAAUGUUGUUUUGCUUUUAUUUAAUUUCCUAAGGCCUUUGUUAACCGGUGUGUUGUAAUCAGGUUAUUUAAACCAUUGGUUGGCUCCUAUUGUCAAUCAUUAAUAUAUCAAACCUUUUGGGAUUUCUCUCAAA